AUGCCUCCGAAGCGAAAGAGGCCAGACCGGCCGAGCGGCGAUGGAGGCCGACCAUCUCCUCACCGACCCCGGGACACAAAUCUUGCCCAGCACGACGGCCAUCAUGAUGGUGCCUCCAGGGGACGAGGAACUCGUGGUGGCCAUUUCGGACAUGGCCAACGAGGGGGCGUUGAUCGCCGAGACUCAUCUCAAGGGUACGGACGAUCAGGAGGCAAUCAACACCACAAUCAACAACACAACAACGUGCAAAAUCAACCCAGAAAUCAAGGCCAGGCACAACCUCCAUCGCCUGCCAGACAGCCCAUUUCCUCACCAUCUGCUCCCAGGCAACCCCCCGCUGGUUCCGCCCAGUCACAAUCUUCAAGGCAACCGAGUUCUCCCGUUAUGACGAAGCCACACUCGGAACCAACACCACGACCAGUUUCUCCCGUAAAAUCAAAUUAUCGGUACGAGAGCCUCACGGACGAUAUAGUACAAGCUUGGAAUGAGCGAGGUCGUCAAGAGAUUGUUCAGCAUGGCGUGCAAGCCCGAGAAGACGUUGAUAUCACUGAAUUAUCAAUGCUCUUCCAAGAAUUCAUCCAAGCCGUCGUUGAGAAUAGGCUUGACGCCACUGAUGCUGGGGCAUGUCUCAAGCAGAUCUUGGGGGAGGACAAUGCGGAUACCAUUAAGGACGCGUAUGCCUUUGCUCCUCACACUCUAUUCCUCGAUUCUCUUGGUAUCAUUAUGGAUAGCGACUCCGAACUAUAUCGACCAGCACUUCGGGACUUCCUGAUGGCCACAGGCGUUUCGCCUGCUUUGAUGCGUCAAGUCCUGGAUGCCCCAAUCCUACAACAAAUAGGAUUGAUUCGAGAAAACUUUACCAGGCUAGGUGUUCGUCAAGCCACGAAUCUUCUAUAUCGGCAAGCAAAUUACAACCUUCUUCGCGAAGAAACUGAAGGCUACUCGAAGCUUAUCACAGAGCUCUUCGCAACCAACAGUGUGACAUCCACCCCUCCCGAACUAGCCGAGCAAACCUUUGAAAGAAUAAAGGGCCUUAUAGGUACUUUCGACUUGGAUGUGGGGCGUGUGCUUGAUGUCACGCUUGACGUUGCUGCCGCUGUCCUGAUCAAGCAAUACAAGUUCUUCGUCAAGUUUUUGAGAGUGAGCUCAUGGUGGCCGCGAUCUCAUUUCAAAUACGAUGCUACAUAUAACGGAGGUUUGCCACCAUGGGCAAACCCGGGCUACUCACAAUGGACUGCCACCGUUGAGGACGAGGAGCUCAUCGCCAAACAAAAAUUAGCCAGAGAUGUAGCCUUCUGGGACCGCGCUAGGGAAAUACACCUUGGUGCCUUUUUCGAAUUGGGCGGUAGACGAGUCAACGAUGUGGAUCUGCAACAAGCUAAAAUGACCAACGGCAGAGAAACAAAAGAAGCUGAUUUCGAACAACAAUGGAUGGAAGAAACGAAAACACUACCCCCUCCAGGAAACCGUGUCGCCGCACAGCUUCUUGGUUUCAAAUUACUCUUUUACAACUCGGAGUUACGCGACAAGACUGAUGUCCUUCCCGCCAACUUGCUCUACCUGGCUGCCCUUCUGAUCAAAGUUGGAUUUAUUUCCCUUAUCGACCUUUAUCCCCAUCUUUCCCCAUCUGACGAUGAUAUGGAAAAAGUUCGCGAAGAGGAAACGGAGAAACUAGAAAAGGAGGAGCGUGCAGCUCGAGGUGGAGGACAGAUGAAUGCGCUCUUGAUGGCGGGCGUCCUCCCACAAGGCGAUGAUGACAACCCUAACGCGUCGAAUAUACCUAAGAGGGAGGUCCCAAAGAAGAUUGAUACGGAGGUGAAGCAGACGGCAAAAGAAGAAAAUGACACUAAGAACAGGCUCCCAGAACCAUUGGAACAGAAAGUGUCACUGUUGACCCAACUACUGACAAUUGGCGCUAUACCUGAGUCAUUGUUCAUCCUUGGUCGAUUUCCUUGGAUUCCCGAGGUCUUUCCUGAUGUUCUUGAAAGAAUACAUCGCAUCCUUCACGUCAGCCUUGAAAAGGUGUAUAAUGAUACCCGGCCCAUGGCAAUGUCGUCACUUGACUGCCCCAAUAAGCAGCUCCCAGAUCUUGAUCAAUCCGGGAUGCCAAAGGGUAGUGUGAGACUCCACAGACCGGCACCAAAGAAACAAUGGCGGUGGCCAUACCCAGAGAAAUUUGAUGUCAAUGAGAACCAGAACUAUCGGUUCUAUUGGGACGAAUGGGCAGACAACAUUCCAGUUUGCCAGACAGUUGAUGACGUCUUUACGCUUUGUAAUACCUUCUUGAAUCUGUCUGGUGUUAACAUAGGCAAGGACGAGGCCCUGCUGGCCAAACUGGCUGUUAUUGGUAGUAAAAGUAUCGCAGACGACAAGUCAGAGUCUAAUCUUAAUCGAUGGUAUGAUCUUCUGCGACGACUAAUGCUGCCAGCCUUGAGCCACACGAAGGCCAACGCGUCCGUUGUCGACGCUAUUUGGUCUCUUCUCAAACAUUAUCCUUUAACAACACGAUAUUCAGCGUAUGCUGAGUGGUUUGAGGGGCAAAUAUCCAGGCUACCUGCCAUGAAAUCGGCCUUCGCGCGGGCUACUUCCGAAACUCGAGGCACGAUGAAACGUGUUUCUUUGACGAAUCUCGGUGAAAUGGCUAAGCAGCUCGCCAAAACUAGCUACUCAUCUCCGGGUAUUGUCUUCCGAGUCGCCUUUGAGCAGCUAGAAUCAUAUCCAAACCUAAUUGAGGCGUUUGUCGAAUGCGCCAAGUAUUUCACAGAUCUGUCAUAUGAUGUGCUCAUCUGGUCAUUGUUGAGCUCAUUGGGCAAGUCGCGAAGUCGAACCCAGGCUGAGCACGCUCUUACAACCAGUAAGUGGCUGCAGGCUUUAUCGCGAUUUUCCGGCAAAGUCUUCCGCCGCUAUCCAGUCUUGAGUCCGACUCCGGUUCUACAAUACGUCAACGACCAGCUCUUCCGUGGCAAUGCUACCGACCUAAUUAUUCUCAAGGAAUUUGUCUCGUCAAUGGGUGGCAUUGUCGAUUCUGUGGACUUCACCGACUACCAAGUGCUAUCAAUGGCUGGGGGCGCCUGGCUGAGAAGAUAUACCCUUAUUCGAGCGCAGGAUCGACGAUUCGACAAUGUCAAGAGCUCAAAGCGCCUCAUACAGGCUCUUGUAGACUCCAAGUUGGCAGCUAGCCUUCUGCUCAAUCUAGCCCAGUAUCGGCAGGCUGCAAUUUUUCGUGUAGCGGAAGAUGAGGCACACAUCAAGUACCUGUCUUCUGUUGUCGACGACUCUCACCAAACCUUGAUCCAAUAUCUUGAUCUUCUCUGGAGCAACCUCGACCCCAGUACUUUCGAUGCCAUUGUUCCGUCCAUCUCUGAACUAAUAACAACAUAUGGUCUUGAUACUAGUUUAGCUUUCCUUAUUGGCAGGACAAGCCUUGGUCAUCGAAUCUUCCCAUGGAAAGAGGGCAAAGGAAAAAAGAAGGAACCAGUUGCGAAACCCAGCACUGACAAGGAAGGCGAUGUAGAUAUGGCGGAGGCUAAGCCUCAGGGCGAGGAAUCCAAGGAGCCGGAAACCCAAGGAACUAUGGGCAACGAGGAGCAGAAAUCGGAAGAUGUGUCGCUCACUCGCACAGCUGUGAACGCAUUGCAACCAAUUAUCGAGUCGAUUCGACCAACCAUUCGACCUGAAAUUUGGCAAAAGAUUACUCCUGAACUGUACGCCACGUUCUGGGCAUUGCAGUUGGGAGACAUCUGCUUCCCAGAAGAAACAUAUGUUCGUGAACGCCAGCGAAUUAUGAGUGAUUGGCAGAUGCUCUCAAGCGACAGGUCGGAUAUGAGCCGCAAAGCGGUUGAUAGAAGGAAUGAGAAGCGAAAAGAGCUCAUGGACCUGCAAGGCUAUCUACUGGACGAACUUAGCGAGCAUGGCCUCCGCAAAGCUAAGUGGAAGUAUUACUUGACAAGGCAGUUUCAGUCGUCGUUCCCCGACGCAACCGCAAAGGCAGACAUUAUUUCCGACGUCCUGCUUGAGCAAUGUCUGCUUCCUCGUGUUCUUGUGUCACCCGCCGAUGCAGAAUAUACAUUUCGCUUCAUCAAAGCUCUUCAUGAGUGGAACGCCCCAGUCUUCAAACUCAUGUCUCUUUACGAUCGACUGUUUAAUGCAAAUCGGCUGAGAUCACUAAUUUUUACCUGUACUGUGCGAGAAGCCGAGUACCUGGGCCGGUUUUUGAAACUCAUUUUGGAAGACCUAUCGCGCUGGCACAAGAAUGACCCAAUUCCCGGAGACAAGGACAACAAGGGAGCAAAGGAUGUCCCGAAGCUUGGAGCAUAUGACAAAGAAGGCAAGGGGCCUUCCGAACAACCGCACUUCGGAUUUUCUCUUACGGUGAACGAUGAGGGCAAGCCAGAAACCUUUGUCGAGCAUGCGCAAUUUAGAGAUCUUUUGUUUAGGUGGCACAAGAACUUGAACAUGGCACUUAAAAACUGCCUCGGGGGGUCCGAAUGGAUGCAUAUCCGAAACGGCAUCACUGUGCUCAAAACUGUCUUGGACUUCUUCCCGGCAAUAGACUUUAUGGCAACUCAGUUCACUACUCAGCUCCAGAACAUCACAAAGCGGGAGGCCGCGGCCAAGACUUCACCCGACUGCGAAGAGGGCGGGCGUGUUGACCUGUCCGUUGCUGCGCAAGGUGCAAUGUCCGCGCUGCAACGACGAAAGUCGAAAUGGGUUAUGGUGCAAGCUUUCCGCCAAAACGCUGUUACUGGAUCUCGGCAAGAAGGAAAUAAAUCAUCUGCCCCUGCCUUGCGACCAACUGCUCCCGAUUUCAAACCCCAGGGCGAUAAAGCAUCAAGUGCUAGGACUGCUGCUGAAGAAGAAGAUGGGGAAGUACAAGACAAAGAGGCUACCCGAGAAAUUAGUGGUAGCACGCUUCAAGAGCCUUUGCCUCCCAAGCCCACUGGAAAUGGUCGAGACUCGACAAAGCUCGGUGAUACACCUGGGCAGUCAAGGUCCUCGACCCCGAAACCUGCGGCUGUCAAAAGUGAACCACGAGGUCACAAGCUGCCAGAUCGUCCCUCUCACAAUCUUCCCAGUCGCCCGGAUGUACCCAUCCCUGGGCACUUCACACCUGAGCGCUUCGGUCAGUCGCGUGGUCACGAUCGCCGUGAUGUUAGAGAAUCUCGCGGCCAUCGAGAUGGACGCGAUGCCCGAGAUGGCAGGGAUAGGGACACAAGAGACUCCCGCGACAUCAAAGACCACAGGGAGUCUCGACAGUCUGAUUCAGAGCGCCCUGGACGCGGUCGCGAUUUUGGAGACCGCCGUGCCACUGACUACAAAGAAGAUAAUGGGCGUGCCGAUCUGCCACCACGACCAACACAGUUAGAGCGUGAGCGACCACAUCGCGAGCAACGUGUUAGUACUAAAGCACAUGAUCGCCUCCCCGAAAGCUCUGGGGCAGAGCUUGCUAUGCCAGUGGAACCGCGCGAGCCUGUCAUGAACCCUGAACGAGCAGCACUCUUUGCUCAGGAUACACCAGAGCGACUGCCGCGUGGAGCUGACCCUGAUCGCUCAUUAAGGGGUCGUCGACAAGGAGGCAGUGCAGCUAUGGACGGCAUAAAUCCCGAACGAGCUGCUCUUAUUGCCGAUAGAGACGACGUCACUCAUAAUGCUCCUGGCAGACUAAACCGGGACGACGGCCGUGAAAGACCUGCAAGGGGCCAGUCUCCACGGCGCAGCAAUCGUCAUGGCAAUGAGCAGGGUUCUGCGCCUCAGACUUGGGAAGAUCGUCAGGAUCGCAAUGCUUCUCAAGAUCAACGUCCUAGUGGCCGUGAACGACGGGAUCGGUCACCACUACCUGCCACUUUCAGAGGGGAGCGGCCGAUGGACCGGGAAGACGAUAGACUUCACCCAGAUACAAUUCGUGAUGGCUCCGGAUUCCACAGACCGGGGGGCCGUCCGCAGGAGCUCGAGAAUCGCAAGCCAUAUCAGGACCAGAACUAUGGACGACUUAACCCUGUCCCCCAACCUCCUAAUUCUGAAAUUCCGUCCGGUCCACGAGGCAGAGGUAGAAACGCAAGCCGAGGCGGGCAUGGGCAGCCGACGUUGCCGGGUCGACCUGACAACCGAUUCGGUCCUCCGGAAACACCGCGCCCGCCGUCCCCCGAAAGAGCUGGUCCCCCAACUGGUCCAUCUUCUGGUCGAAACCGACGCGGUUAUGAACCCGGCGGUGGGCCGCAGACACCGGGUGGUACUCCUGCAGGACCCUCAGGGCGGAGUAGGAAUUUCACUCAGGGUGGCGAUAAGCCUUCACCAGCAAAUGUAAACGCAACACCGACGUCUGGUGUUCAUCCAGACCGCCUCGCCCAGCUUGGGGGCCCACCUUCUGGACCUCAAGGAAACCAGCGCCACCAGGGCCAAGGGGCCAAUAUUCCUGAUCGACCCCAGCCUAGCUACCGGGGUGGCUCUGGACCUGACACCGACAUGCCAACUGGUCCCUCUGCAGAUUUUCCAGGACGCGGCGGAAGCAGGAGACAACUUGCAGGAAUUAACAAUACUCUCCAACAGGCACAGGCAAAGGUACCAGAACCACCUCGCACUACCGGACCUCGCAGCAACCAGCCGCGGCAAAUGCUAGGCAAUUCUGACAUUCAGGUUCUUGCUGGUGGCUCAUCAACAUCAACACCCAAUCAAGAGCGACAUGACACAAUGUGGGCGUCUCCCAAUGGAGUUGACAACCAAGCGCGACGCGAUCACGAUCGCUCCAGGAAUGAGCGCGAAGGACGGUCUGAUAGAUCUAAUCGCACGUCACGCCGAAGCAGUCGCGAACGUGAUCGAGAUGGCAAGGAUCCCAACGAAAGCAGAGAAAGACGAUCUAUGGGCGGCCCGGAUGCUGGCGGCAACAGGGAGGAGCGCGAGUCUCGUCGUCAACCAAGGGACUCGAUGGGCCCGCCUCCACCAGCUGACGGACGGGACAGCCGACAUCGAGUCGACGGUCAGCUUGCCGGAGGCAACUGGGGCGGUGAAGACCGAGGUGGUCAUAGGGGUUCAAGCAGUGGUAGUCGAGGAACAGGGCCACGAGACGGGACAAACCAGACGGGUAACAGGAGAGAUCACAGGGAGGACCGUGGACGCAAGAGACGAAGCGAGGAGGAUGUGGGCAGCUUGACAAGCGAACGCGAGAAACGGCCUCGGCGAUAA